UUAUAUUAAAUAUCCGAAUAGUUAUUACCUAGUUUCGGAAUACGGACAAAGAGUGUUCGGAGAGGUUUAGGGUUUAAUCGACCUGAAGUGUAUUGCAAUUCUCGAAAGUGAGACUCUCUCCGUAGCUGAUAUUGCAAGAGAGAGAUUCUGAAGAUGGGAAAGGUAAAGAGGGUGAUAAAAAAGGGGCUGGGGGAAAUGGGGUUCAACGCUGGAGGCGGAGCCAUAAACUGGUUCCCAGGCCACAUGGCGGCAGCCACCCGCGCCAUCAGGGAGCGGCUCAAGCUGGCUGACCUGGUCCUCGAGGUCCGUGACGCUCGUAUUCCCUUGUCCUCCGCCAACCAGGACCUCCAGCCCCAUCUCUCCUCCAAACGCCGCAUCCUUGCCCUCAACAAGAAAGACUUGGCCAACCCCAAUAUCAUGCAUAAAUGGAUUCAUUACUUCGAUUCGUGCAAGCAAGACUGUAUUGCCAUAAAUGCGCAUAGCAAGAGUUCUAUUAAGAAGCUUCUUGAUCUUGUGGAGCUCAAACUGAAGGAAGUUAUUGCAAGGGAGCCCACUCUUCUUGUUAUGGUGGUUGGCGUUCCUAAUGUUGGGAAGUCUGCUUUAAUUAAUUCAAUCCAUCAGAUUGCAUCAUCCCUCUUUCCUAUGCAGGGGAAGAUGAAGCGAGCUACAGUGGGCCCAUUGCCUGGUGUUACUCAGGAUAUUGCUGGAUACAAGAUUGCACAUCAGCCAAGCAUAUAUGUCCUAGACAGUCCAGGUGUAUUGGUUCCAAGUAUACCUGACAUAGAGACAGGACUAAAGCUAGCUCUUGCAGGGUCUGUGAAAGACUCGGUCGUUGGUGAGGAGCGUAUUGCUCAAUACUUGUUGGCAGUUCUAAAUACCAGAGGAACUCCCCUUCAUUGGAUCCACCUGAACAACAGGAGACUGGAAGGGAUUAAAUUUGAUUCCGAGGGGAAACAUGAGUAUAGCCUUAAAGAUCUUCGGCCCAAAAGGAGGAAGCCACCAAAUAACUCUGAUGUGCUUUAUAUUGAGGAUAUUGUAACAGAAGUCCAAUGUGCCUUGUAUUUAACUCUAUCAGAAUUCACUGGUAAUGUGGAAGAUGAGGGUGACUUGGAGGGUCUUAUAGAGCAGCAGUUCGAAGCACUACAGAAGGCAUUUAAGAUACCUCAUAAGGCCUCAGAAGCUCGUCUGAUGAUAUCAAAAAAGUUUCUUACUUUAUUUAGGGCAGGUAAACUCGGUCCUUUCAUUCUUGAUGAUGUUCCCGAUGCCAACUGUGUAUCAUGAGUUCUCUUCAAUUUCCCAAGGGUUCUCUACCUUUAUACAUAAUGAUUGUGUUUCCGUCACCUGUCUUUUAUUAGUUCUCAUACUUUCUGUUUCUUUUCUUCACUCACAGUACAUUUACCGUAGUAUCACUUAUAUCAAUGAUGUCUCAUAUACUUCAAUUGUAUUGCAAUGAUAAGUCAGACAGAUUGUUUGGGUUA